GUUCUGACCAGCGUGGCUAGAAGAUACCAACCUGGUGGAGAUGGCAUGACGGGGAACCUCAUUGAAAUACGGACCCCGUGCCCGUCUUCCUCCCACGCAUAUUGACACAGACCACACAGUGAACACCACCAUGGCUCCCUCGAAGGUCACAUUGGAUUCCACCAUCCUCAUUGUCGGCGCAGGAGUCUGGGGCUGCUCCACGGCCUUGCACCUCGCCCGUCGCGGAUACAAGCAUGUCACUGUGCUCGACCCCUACACCGUCCCCUCUGCGAUUGCGGCCGGCAAUGACAUCAAUAAGAUCAUGGAACACAAGGAGCUGAAAGAUUCAGAAAACAGUCCACGCAGCGUUGCGUUCACAACGUGUACACGCGCAGCUUUCAGUGGCUGGAAGACGGACCCCGUCUUUAAGCCGUAUUUCCACGAGACAGGUCUGAUCGUGUCCGGGCAUACCCCCGCACUCGUGGAACAUAUCUACAAAGACGAAAUCGAACCCUCCGUGGCAGACUAUGUGAAGCUGGAGACAGCAGGGGACUUCCAAAAGACAAUGCCGCCCGGCGUUCUCACGGGCGACUUUCCGGGCUGGAAGGGCUGGCUGAGCAAGUCCGGGGCGGGAUGGAUCCACGCGAAGAAGGCUCUGGUUUCUGCAUACACCGAGGCCAAGCGACUGGGAGUCAACUUCAUCACCGGAUCUCCUCAGGGGAAUGUCGUAUCGCUGGUGUACGAGAACGGCGACGUGGUGGGAGCGAAAACCUCCGACGGGGUCAUCCAUCGGGCAGACCAGACCAUCCUUGCGGCGGGAGCCGGCAGUGACCGUCUUCUAGACUUCAAGAAACAGCUCCGUCCGACGGCCUGGACGCUCUGCCACAUUCAGAUGACGCCGGAGGAAGUGAAGCUCUACAAGAACCUGCCUGUUCUGUUCAACAUCGCGAAGGGGUUUUUCAUGGAGCCCGAUGAAGACAAGCACGAACUCAAGAUCUGCGACGAGCACCCUGGAUACUGCAAUUUCCUUCCCGAUCCGGAGAGAUCCGACGAGAUCAGGAGCAUUCCCUUCGCGAAGCAUCAGAUUCCCCUGGAGGCCGAGGCCCGCGCCCGGGAUUUCCUGCGGGACACGAUGCCACAUCUAGCGGAUCGCCCGCUGGCGUUUGCCCGUAUCUGCUGGGAUGCGGAUACCCCGGAUCGCGCCUUUUUGAUCGACAAACAUCCUGAGCAUCCCUCGCUGCUGGUGGCUGUCGGAGCGUCGGGUAACGGAGCAAUGCAAAUGCCGACGAUUGGAGGAUUCAUCGCGGAUGCGUUGGAGGGGCAUCUCCAACAGGAAUUGAAGCACGUUGUCCGAUGGAGGCCAGAAACUGCUGUCGACCGGGACUGGAAGUCCACGCAGAACCGCUUUGGGGGACCAGAUGCGGUCAUGGAGUUCCAGACGAUCGGCGAGACCGAGUGGACCAAGGUGGAUGUCAAGAGCAGGCUGUAGCUUCCAGUUGAUAUUUGAGCCA